AUGUUCUCUGGCCCCAAUGAGCUCGAAAACCUCUCCGUUCAGUGCCAAGGAAAGCGCAACCCCCUUUGCUCUUUCACUGGGGACUUCGACCCGAUUCCCAUCGCUUUGUCUCCUCAGCUGCCCCCGGUUCCCCCUGAGGGUCUCCUCAGCCGCCCCCGGUUCCCCCUGAGUGUCUCCUCACCCGCCCCCCGAUUCCCCCUGAGGGUCUCCUCAGCCGCCCCCCGGUUCCCCCUGAGGGUCUCCUCACCCGCCCCCCGAUUCCCCCGAGGGUCUCCUCAGCCGCCCCCCGCCGCCCCCCCGGCUCCCCCUGAGUGUCUCCUCGGCCGCCCCCCGGUUCCCCCCGAGUGCCUCCUCAGCCGCCCCCCCUCCCGGUUCCCCCUGAGUGUGUCCUCAGCCGCCCCCCCGGUUUCCCCCGAGGGUCUCGUCAGCCGCCGCCCCCGCCGCCGGCUGCGCCCCCUCUGUGGCCCCUCGGCCGCGGGAGGAGCCGGGGCCGGAGCCGGGGCCGGGGCCGGAGCCGGAGCCGGAGCCCAUCGCUCCCGGGCGGCGCGGCCCGGCCCCGCCGCCGCCGCCGCCUCCUCCGCCAUGCUGAGGGCCCGGGGCGGGGGCCGCUGGCUGCCGUUACUCUGGUGCCUCCUGGGCGCCCUGAGGGCGGCGGCGGCGGCGGAGGAGGAAGACGACGACGACGACGAGGCGGCAGCGCCCUUCGCCGGCCAGAAUUGGCUAAAAUCAUAUGGCUAUUUGCUUCCCAAUGACACCCGAAUGUCUGCUCUGCACUCAGGAAAAGCUUUGCAGUCCGCAGUUGCCACUAUGCAGCAGUUUUAUGGGAUCCCAGUAACAGGAGUACUGGAUCAGACGACAAUUGAGUGGAUGAAGAAGCCCCGGUGUGGAGUCCCGGACCACCCGCACCUGAGCCGCAGGCGGAGGAACAAGCGUUACGCCCUGACGGGUCAGAAGUGGCGGCAGAAGCAUAUCACAUACAGGUGCCUGUGCUCCCGGACCGGCAUCCACAACUACACCCCAAAAGUGGGCGAGCUGGACACCCGGAAAGCCAUCCGCCGGGCUUUUGACGUGUGGCAGAAAGUGACACCGCUCACAUUCGAAGAAGUCCCGUACCAUGAAAUCAAAAGUGACCGGAAAGAGGCGGACAUCAUGAUUUUCUUUGCCUCGGGCUUCCACGGCGACAGCUCCCCGUUUGACGGUGAAGGCGGGUUCCUGGCUCACGCCUACUUCCCCGGUCCUGGGAUCGGCGGAGACACCCACUUUGACUCGGACGAACCGUGGACCCUGGGAAAUGCGAAUCACGACGGGAACGACCUGUUCCUGGUGGCUGUGCACGAGCUGGGCCACGCUCUGGGACUUGAGCACUCCAAUGACCCCAGUGCUAUCAUGGCCCCCUUCUACCAGUACAUGGACACGCAUAACUUCAAACUGCCCCAGGACGACCUCCAAGGAAUUCAGAAGAUCUACGGGCCACCCGCGGAGCCCCUGGAGCCCACACGACCGUUACCCACGCUCCCAGCUCGCAGGAUCCACUCCACUUCGGAGAGGAAACACGAACGGCAGCCGAGGCCUCCCCGGCCUCCCCUGGGAGACCGGCCGUCCACCCCGGGCUCCAAGCCCAACAUCUGCGAUGGCAACUUCAACACGGUCGCCCUCCUGCGCGGGGAGAUGUUUGUGUUCAAGGAACGUUGGUUCUGGCGUCUGCGCAACAACCGGGUGCAAGAGGGCUACCCCAUGCAGAUCGAGCAGUUCUGGAAGGGCCUGUCCACGCGCAUCGACGCUGCUUACGAGAGGUCUGAUGGGAAAUUUGUCUUCUUUAAAGGGGACAAGUACUGGGUCUUCAAGGAAGUGACGGCUGAGCCCGGGUACCCGCACAGCCUGGUGGAGCUGGGCAGCUGCCUGCCCCGCGAGGGCAUUGACACAGCUCUGCGCUGGGAGCCGGUGGGCAAGACCUACUUCUUCAAAGGGGACCGGUACUGGCGCUACAACGAGGAGAAGCGAGCGACCGACCCCGGCUAUCCCAAGCCCAUCACUGUCUGGAAGGGAAUCCCCCAGGCCCCCCAGGGAGCGUUCAUCAGCAAGGAAGGCUACUACACGUAUUUCUAUAAGGGCCGAGAAUACUGGAAGUUUGAUAAUCAGAAACUGAGCGUGGAGCCCGGCUACCCGCGGUCCAUUCUCAGAGACUGGAUGGGCUGCAACCAGAAGGAGGUGGAGCGGAGGAAAGAGAGGCGCCGGCCCCACGACGACGUGGAUAUCAUGGUGACCAUCAAUGACGUGCCUGGGACGGUCAACGCCGUGGCCGUGGUGAUCCCCUGCACCCUGUCCCUCUGCAUCCUGGUGCUGGUCUACACCAUCUUCCAGUUCAAAAACAAGGGGGAGCAGCAAACUGUGACCUACUACAAACGCCCGGUCCAGGAGUGGGUAUGACAGGGCGGCAGGGAGCGCCCCCAGCCUCACCGCCCGGGACAGGGCUCGCCGCCAAGCGGGCCCCUGCUCUGCGCCGUGGGCUUGGGAUCGAGGAAGUCGCUCGGGUGCCGGGAGUGAGGAGUACGGCGAGACCCGCCCCGGGGAGAGACCCCGGGGGAGAGGCCCCGGGGGAGAGGCCCCGGGGAAAACCUGGGAGAAGCCGUGAGAGAGAGAGAGAGAGGGAGAGAGAGAGACCCUGGGAGAGCUCUGGGGGAGGAAUCAGGGAGAGACCUGGGGGAGGGACACGGAAGGGACCCUGGAAAGCCGUGGGGAGGGGAGCCGCCGGCACCGCUGUCUCUGUUCCCCAGCUCUCCUCCCACUGGCGUCGGCUGAAAGCGCCAGGGCCACGGCUGCUUCCAGGGGACUCGUCAUCAGUCUCCCCUAUGGCCCUCAGUGCCCUCCUCCUCCUUCUCUUCCUCCUGUCAGAAACCAGCAUUGCCAAUCCUCCCUGACCCACCUGGCACCCCGCUCUUCCUGCCCCCCUCCUCCUCUCCCCACCCCACCCCACCGCUCCGUCCAGGGAUCCAGGCUCUCUCGCUGGUUUUGCGCACCCGGAAAGAGAAGCAGCCGGAGCUGUCGAAGGGACAGCUGACGGUGGACCCUUCCUGUAGGACCUCAGCGUGUUCCCAUCGUGGGGACCGGUCCGGCCGCCGGGGCCGAACACCUGCUGGUCAGAUGUUUUGUUUGCCGCCGUCGGGGCGGUCGGGGAACCCAGCGCUGCCCGUGGGGAGACCUAGAAACACGUUCCACACAAUCAACCAAACCGACCUGGGUCAGGCCCCCGAGGUUACUAGUGAUAGCCACUCUGCCCUCGUGAAGCCCCCGGGCCAGAAUGCUGGCCGGCCCCAAAGACGCCAGCUCCGACUCCACCUGUUUCAGGAGCCAGGUAACCUGUCAUGAAUAUUUAAGUGUCCCAUUACUACUAUUUAAAGUCCUGUCUGUUGGAAUUAAUAUAGGAUUUUCAAAACCUUCUCACCCAUCAGAAGAUCUGACUCAAGUCUGUGUCGGUGUGAGGACCGAAUAAGGACCCGGAUCCGGCUCGCACCUGUCCACAACGCCCAGGAUGUGAAGUUGUUUCUCUGAGUUUGUGGAGCCACAUCGGCGCUGUUUAGCGAGGGCAUGUCACAGGGGGUGGGAAAACCAGGGGAAAAGCACUGACGCCACCAGUUCCUAACUCCGGAGGACCGAUGAGGUUCCGCAUCACCUCCCUCCGGCCCGGCUAGCCCUCGUCCGAUCGGUCGGGCCUGGGCAGGCCCCUCUUAUUGCCGUUUGGAAGGACUUGGCGGGUCAGAGGCAGGGUUGGCAGCUCCUGAGCGGCAGAGCCGGUCCACGGGAGGCGUGCCCGGCCAGCCGUCUCUGGGGACCCAUCCCCGCCUGCGCUGGGCCCCCACUGGGCUCUUUACUCUGGCUGCAGCCGUCCUCGCGUUGGCAAGUGCAGUCAGUCACCAGGGAGAAGCAGAGGCAGCGGGGGUGAAAGGGGGAGCGGUUA